AUGAAGAAUAUGAAACUAAAUUUGAUAGAUGAAGCAUUGCUGCUUUACAACAUAACCAAUAUCUAACUUAGUUCCAAUACUAUUAAAUCAACAGCUUUCGAUGUGAGAUUUGAUGACAAGUCCUAAGCUAUUCUAUUAAGUCUAGAUCAGAUAAACUUCAAAAUCUCAUUUAACUAUUCAGCCUUUAUCCUUCCUCCUAUUUUCGCAGAUGAGGGCUCAAUAGAUAUUAGUCUUGACAAUUUUCAGCUAACUAUUGGAUUGAAAUGCACCUCAUAAAAUGGCAGACUUAAGCUAUAUAUAGUUCAGUUUCAACCUACUCUAUCUAAGAAUGAUAUCACUCUUAAGAAUGAAUGCUAUUCUGAUUUGACAAGGUAUAUAUUCGAUGAGAUAAGUUUUUACAAGGACCUAAUUGCAGCUCAGAUUCUUGAAGCUAUAGAGUCCUAUGCCUAGGGUAAUUUGCAUUAAGUUUAUAUUUUAGAUAUUUUCUAGCAAAUGAUUGACAAUGCUAUUGAUCAGCUGCCUAACUCAUUCGACAUUUUUAUGACUAGAUUAGAUGAAACAAAGUUGAAUUAAGGAAUUAUAACCUAGUAACAGUAUCCGAUAAAGGUCUAUACAUAUUUGUUAAAUGGCACAUAAAUCAAACUUCAAUAUUUAUCAUUACCCUUUAGAAUCGGAUUUGUAAAUCAAUCUGCAAACAAUUCCACUAACUAAAAGUAGGAGAUCUAAAGCUUUAGAAAUAACAGAUUUGAUGUUUAGCUUUAUCUCUCAAUGAUGACAUUUAGCUCAAUUAUUGAAAAAGCAUAUCAAUCAGAUCUAUUGAGAUUCUAUAUCACAUCAAAACCUGAGAAUCUAAGACCAGUUUUCAAUUUGUUUCUCAAGCAGCUAGACACUGAAUUUAUAAAUUUACUAUUUCCUGAACUCUACAAAACUUCUCAAUCAGGAUUUACAAAUGCUACUAAUCCAUGCAUGCUAAGACUUGGCCCAAAUGAGUUACCUAAAAUCUAGAUGCGAGAAAGUUACUUCACAGCUGCAAGCAGAAUGAAACUAGACAUUUACUGCGUUAAAAGUAAUGUCAGUUUCCCUAAUUUCACCACUUAUGCUAAUGGAAGCAAUAAUCUACCAGCCAACAUGAGCUUUGUUCCAGUCAUUUCAAUUUAUGCCAAUUACACUACUGAUAUAACUGAAUUGAUAAGAGUUAGUUUGAUUAAUUAGUUGCAGGCUGGAAUUGAUUUAAGGGGCUAAAAUACCAAUAAUGAGUUUGUGAUUAAGUUCUCUGAGAUAACCUUCAAACCUGACUAUAUUCAAGUGCUUGUCAAUCCUGAUAUCUACUCUAUUAGCUUAGCAUCUAUAUAUCAGUCUAUGUUCGAUAAUGAUCAGAUGUUUGUACUUGACUUGAUUCUCUAAAUUAUUCUGCAAAAGUUAAAAGUUGGAUCGAAUUCUGAGUUGAAAUAGGUAUUAGAUCUUGCAUAGUAGCCUAGAUUGUAAAGUGGUAUAAACAUUGACUAUUAAAAUGUGCUUUUGAAUUACAUAUAAGAAUUGAGUGUGUCUGAAGAACAGAUAGAGCAGCUUUCAAAGAUUAUAAAUAGAAGAUAGAACUCAAAUUUCUUGAUUGAGGGCGGCACUGAAACAGAGCAAUAAAACGAUUAGACAUAUAAAGCUUACCAAGAGUAUCUUUGA